GUCUUUUGAAUGUACGUCAAUGUAGCGGUAUGCUUUUAUCGUCCAUUCGUGAAUGAUGAGCACCUGUCGCCCAAAGGUGAAGGUCAUCGUCGGCGGUCAAGUUUCGCCGAGUAAUGGCGAUGGCCAUUAGCUGGAAUCAUUGGGAUAUGUGAUGUUUUGGGACAGACUGAAAGCUGUCGUUUUAAGUUCAGUGACUUUCGUCUUUGCUGUGGUGCCCCGGUCAACAAUGGCGUGGAGAUCGAGCGGUACCAGCAAUUCCAACCUCGUAGACAACUUGCAUGCGAAUGGCAUAAUCAAAUCUCCACAAGUUGUUCAAGUCAUGAAGGCUGUAGAUCGAGUACACUUCUGCAAGUUCAACCCGUACAAUGACUCGCCCCAGAGUAUAGGAUACGCUGUAACAAUUAGUGCACCCCACAUGCAUGCACAUGCCCUGGAGCUGCUGUCGGAGAACCUGAAGGAGGGUGGGCGUGCCCUGGACGUGGGAUCAGGCAGUGGCUACCUCACAGCUUGCAUGGCACUUAUGGUGGGGGAGAAGGGUGUGGCUGUGGGUAUUGACCACAUCGAUGAGCUUAUCCAGAUGGCUACCACCAAUGUCAGGAAGGACAAGAGCCUGGGGAAACUUCUGGAUAGAGGUCAGCUGAAACUUGUUCUGGGUGAUGGCAGACUAGGCUAUGAGGAGGAUGCACCCUUUGAUGCUAUACAUGUGGGAGCUGCAGCCCCGGAGCUGCCCCAGGCGUUGGUGGAUCAGCUGAAACCAGGAGGACGGCUGAUCAUCCCAGUUGGAGGUCAAGGAGAGAACCAGAAGCUGAUGCAGAUUGACAAGACCCUUGAUGGCCAGGUGGUCAGGAAGAACCUGAUGGGAGUCAUCUAUGUGCCGCUGACCAGCAAGGACAAGCAGUGGCCCAGGUACAGUCAGUGCUGUCUGUUGUAAGGGGAGCUCUAGUAGACCCAAGCCAGAGCUGUGAGUACAAGGAGCCAUGCCCAUGACCGCAGUUCGAGUUUCAGUGAUAGUCUCCAACUGUCUAAUCUUGCUGACCUUCAUGCUUAUCUGACAGCCUUGACCUUGAUGUGAUGAGGUCGGCACUAAAGUCAGUGUGGUCUUACCAUACAGUAGUCACCACGGCAACUGUAGAGCUACAUGCCAGCUGAAACAAUGUUUCUCACCUGACUGUAAUUGUGUUGAUUUGUUUUAACCACUGUUCCCCCCCCCCGAGUUACGUUUUACGGUUAACAUUAAUUCUGAUACAUGUACCACACUGAGCUUAUUACUUGUUACAGUGAAAGAUACAUUGUAUAGUUUUGUUCUUUAUCUUAGUGUAGACCUGCAGUGCACUUCAGCAUAUUUCAUGUUAUAUUUUGUGUACAGGUGAGAGUGGGACAGUUAAGUCCUCUUUAUGCUGAUCAUCCCCAACCCAAGCACCCUGUCCGUAGUGCAGGCAGACCACAAAUGUAGGAACCAGGCUAGUAGCCUGCUCCACUAUAUCAGAUCUCUUCUGGCAACUUCAAUAGACGUGCCAAGGUAACUGUUGGUCUGCUCUGAACCCUUCACUUCCAACCUUGUGUGUUUCGGUGAGAAACAGGUGAUGUGUCCAGGUGUACAUAUGUCACUAUGCCAAGUGUAUAUAUAUGUCGCUGACUGCCGGAGAGGGGUGUAUAUUUCAUGCAGCUGUCAGCUGGAAUGGUGUCAUUUGCACAGGUAGUCUGUCACUGUUGUCAUAAUAUAUAAAGGUGACUCACAUUUCAAAAUGGAAAGUUUAGCACCAAGCCCUCUUUUCAGUUUCAAAUGUUUUCUUAAUCAUUGAAAUGUUUGGAUCACAAUGGAGUAAAAGAAUAUCAAUUGAGAAGUCAAUCUCUUGAUAAUAGUCUGUAGUAUAUAGUAUUGUCUAAAUGGGCAGUUAUUUAUAUCAUCUCUGAACACCACUCACUGUUGCUGAUGCUGCUACUAGACCUAAAACCUAACUGGUCAAUUUCCUGUUCUUUGCAAAGGCUAUAGUGGACUGUUACCAACCUCAGCUGAUUAGAGCAAACUGUCCAGCUCCAUUUUUGUGCUUGUUUUGUAACAGUUUUGUACAUAUUUGCUCAAUAAAAUGCUUAAAAUAG